GUUUCUGACAGAAGAUUGCACUUGCGGGCAUCACCUGCAGGUGAUCACACCAAGAAAAUCCCAUUCUUUCCAUCAACUGUUUAAACAGCAGAAUCAGUUGUAACCGGUAACACGUACGAAUAGCAGUUCUGCAGUUUCAGUAAAUUACCCGACUGGGGCAGAGGUCACAGGUCAAGAGGCGUUGGAAAAUUUAGCUUCGAGAUGGUGGUGUUGAGGGCCCACAUGGAACAAGUAUCUCGCCUCUUACCCUCAGUUCGGCCGAGGAAGAGAGGAUGGAUAUACUUCGUUGCAAUUGUCUGGAUAUGCAUCCUUAUCAACAUACUUUCUAUAAGCACCAUUUUACAGCACCUCCAUCUACCGCCUUUGUUCCAAACUCAGAAGUGGCCUAACUUCUCGCAGUCAGAAAUCGACCGCUUGUCUGUCAUGGGCCGGAGACUCUUCUUGCAAGAAGAUGUCGGCGAACCCCAGGACAGAAACUUCACCAUUCUAGCGUGGCUGUGUGGUCCAUCAAAUGAGAGGCGCUUCUUUUACCAGUAUCAGGAUACAUGGCUGGAUCCAUUCCGUUCGUGCUCCGUCAGAAACUGCAACAUCACCUACGAUUCCUCUCUCGCUGACAAGGCCGAUGCCAUCUUGAUUCACCUCCACACGAUUCAUGGCCCUUCUGCUAUUCCGAAUCGGACGAACUUCAAGCAGAGGUGGAUCUGGUUGACUGAUGAGAGUCCUAUCCAUACUUUCAUGUUAGCAAUGGACAAAAACCUCACCCAUUAUAAUGGUUUUUUUAACUGGUCUAUGAGUUACAGAAUGGACAGUGAUGUUCCCGUGCCAUACGGUAGGACUAUAAAGUUGACGGACACUGAGGCGUCUCUGUAUAAAGAAGUGGAUUAUUUCUACCUGAAGCCAAAUUUUACUGUUGUAAUGGGUUCCAACUGUGGUGGGACCAAUAGGCGAUGGGAAUACGUGAAAGAAUUACAAAAGUAUAUGAAAGUAGAUGUAUAUGGAAAUUGUGGGACAUUAAAAUGCGCUGGACAUUUUACUCGUAACUGUGAUGCUUUGAAUAGCUACAAGUUCUACCUUGCCUUCGAAAAUUCCGAUUGCAGGGAAUAUAUCACUGAAAAAGUCUGGUGGAAUGCUUUUGGAAAAGGGUCAGUACCUGUCGUCAUGGGAGGGAGAAUAGAAACUUACCGGAAGAUGCUUCCUCCCAAUUCCUUCAUCCACGUCGAUGAAUUCCAGUCCCCAGCGCACCUUGCAAAUUACCUCAUGUCUGUGUCAGAGGACGCCUCGAGAUACAUGGAGUACCACGCGUGGCGUUCCCAAUUCCGGGUGGUGAACGAGCAUGGGUACUUCGGGGCACCCAUAUUCCACUACUGCCGUAUUUGCGAAGCCCUCAACUACAAUGACCCUGCACCCAAAGAAUACCACAACAUGGAAGUCUUCUGGAAUGUGAAUACUGACUGUUACAAGGCAACGUGGAUGGACAGGAUGAAAAGCAACGCCACACUUGUGUAGACCUUGAAGAAGCGGUCGCUAUUUGGUGGGAAAUUCAGUUUCCAGGUUUUGAUUUUUGUCGGGUGGCAUCUGAACGUUCACGUGACCCUGUGGACUUAUGAUGUCAUACUUGAAGCUAUAGACCGUUUGUUUGUUCAUUUCAUCACUGUGCACAUGUAUGGUAUAUGCAACGCAGUUAGUUUUGCAGAAAGUAUGAAUAUUAUGCCAAUAAUCUGUAUUAAUCCAAUAAACUGUGACCUGUUCUUUAUGCA